AUUCGACAUUCAUAUUUUAAGCUUACAUAGCUUUUAACGAGAAAAGAGGGGGGAACUUUUGCGGAAACUUCACUGUAAAAAGUGGUGGUGUGUGCGUGGGCGAUAUUCAUAUCUUGAAGCCCACCACCACACAAAAGUAAACAACCACCGCGACCUUCUCUUUCUUUGACUCUAGACGGCGUUUACCCCUCUCUUUCUUUUUCCCUCCGGGACGCGGGCAGUCAACCCUUUUGGAGAUCGCCAUUUUCCCGAGCAAGAAGUCAAGGUUCUACGGAGCAAAAGCUGAUCCGACCAUAUCUCAAUUGGCUGAACGAUUUUAAGUUUGAUGGGUUAAAGAGAUCUCUUCUAUCUCUCAAUGCAUCACUUGCCCCAGUUUCUCGUUAUUAAUGGCGAUAGACGGAGAAAGAAGAAGACGCCAAAGAAGCCAAAGCUCGAGCGUAUGAAUGCAAGGAAGAACAUCGAGUACGAGUUCUCCAGGACAUCCACAGAGGAGGCUUCAGUGCGGUCAUCAGCUGUUCGAGGUACUCGCUCACUUGACAUACUACCCUCGUUAAUUGAUAGGACGAGCUUUCGGAUUGAUGGAAGUGAUGCUGGGCAAGUUGAAAUAAUUUGUCGUAGUUUAGGGUUUGAAAGUCCCGAAGAUUUUGGGAUUCCCGUGUCAUCCUGGGAAGCUAGAAAGAUUCGGUCUACUUCCGAUCUUCUUCCCACCUCUCGUUUAAAUCUCGAUACUGAUCAUGGUGCGACUGCGAUUGAAGAAGAGCAACCAGCCGAAAUUAUUGGAAAGGAACGUAAAUCCGAUAUUAUUAGGGUUAGAGUUGGUAACGGAAUUAAAGGUGUCCGGCCUCCGGUUCUUUCUCCCCCGUCUUGUUCUAUUCCGAAAUCCUUAAUACAUCAUCACGAUGCUGGAUCCGAGUGGGAUGUCGUAAGAAGUUUCGCCUCCAUUUCCAUUGAAGCCGGUUCUUCUUCUGAUCAUGUGAAUCAACAACAAGGGUUUAGGCUGUCCGAGGAAGAAAUAGGUGACGUGGAGAAUGUUAGGAUGAGACUUUCGGCAUCGUGUUCUUUUACAACUUCCAAUGAGGAUGAUUCAUCAAGUACUACCACAGAGCCUACAUCCAGUAUAUCACCAAAUGGAUACGGAUCUAAUAUAUCCACUAAUGGAAGAUUCAGACACAUAACUAUUACUCACUGGCAGAGGGGUGAGCUCCUGGGGCGUGGCUCAUUCGGAUCAGUCUAUGAAGGCAUUUGCGACGGUGGAUGUUUUAUUGCUGUGAAGGAAGUCUCUUUGCUUGAUCAAGGUGAACAAGGAAGGCAGAGUGUACUCCAACUUGAACAGGAAAUUGCUCUUUUAAGUCAGUUUGAACAUGAGAACAUAGUUCGAUACUAUGGGACAGAUAAGGAUGAGGCGAAGCUGUAUAUAUUUCUUGAGCUUGUAACAAAAGGUUCCCUUUUAAGUCUGUAUCAGAGAUACCAUCUUCAGGAUUCUCAAGUUUCCUCCUACACACGCCAGAUCUUACAUGGUCUUAAGUAUCUGCAUGAUCGCAGUGUCCUACACAGGGAUGUGAAGUGUGCAAACAUAUUGGUUGAUGCUAAUGGGUCAGUGAAACUUGCAGAUUUUGGGCUGGCUAAGGCCACUAAGUUCAAUGAUGUCAAGUCUUGCAAGGGAACUGCAUUCUGGAUGGCACCUGAGGUUGUAAAUCAAAAAAAGAAGGGGUAUGGACUUGCAGCAGACAUAUGGAGCCUUGGUUGCACUGUCUUGGAGAUGUUGACACGUCAGAUUCCAUAUUCUCCAAUGGAAUGUAUGGCUGCAUUAUAUAGAAUUGGAAGCGGUAAGCCUCCACCGGUUCCAGAUGGCCACUUCCUUCCUACAACUACAACUACAAGAUCCUCAAUUAAACCAGAAUCAAGACACAGAUGGGAUGAGAUGAGACGAGAUGAUGUGAUGCAAGCAAGAAUAGGGGAAUGAAGGAGGGAGGCAGUAUUAAUAUUAAUAUUAAUAUUAAUAUUAAUUAAAUAGUGUUGCAUUGGGUUAAUGAUGAAACGUUGCUUCUGCUUCAGUUCUGCUGUGUUCCUAUUUUCUACCAGUGAUGGUGAUGUUGAAGUAUAGUAGCAGCAGCCACAGCUGUUUAGAGAGAGUAAAAUACUGUUUAGUUUGUUUGUACAUCAAUUCUUUUUGUUUUUGAUGACGAAGAAUAGUAGUUGUAAUAGUUUAGUUUGAAUUUGAAAUGUAAGUAAGAUUAUUGUUAUAUUUAAUGGCCAAGCAUAUAAGCAUUUUGCUAUCUAAAUAUUGAAUCCUGUUGCAUUUACUUUCUCUUAUGAAAUGUAAGUAAGAU